CGAAAUUUCGGGCGUUGUACACGGCAUCUCAUUAACAAAAGAAGCAAAUUCAUUAGCUUUUAUUUUUUAUAUCCCUAAAUCUCGUGCGUAAUUAUUUCCGAAAAUAUUAAUCCGCGCGUGUGUGAACUUUAAGGCCGUGUUUUCGUCGUAUAUUCGGUGUUUUUUUUUGCGGUGAAGCAGCAGCAGCAGAAGAAAAGGCGCUCGUGCGCUCCGUCGCUCUUUGUUCAUUCAUUCAUUCGGGUUUCUUUGUUGCGCGUGAAUUUUGGUGAAAGCAUGGGAGCUCAAGUGGCUAAAAACGGUGCAAAAGAGGAAACCUCUGCAGAAAAAGCAAACGGACAGGAAAACGGGCACGCUAAAACAAACGGCAAUGCCUCCCCCACAGCAGAUGGAGCCGCAGAGGAGGUCCAGGCCAACGGUAAACACGCCGCCGACGGUGAGGUGAAGGCCGAAGACGGGGCAGCCGAGAAGCCGACAGAGGAAGGCGCUGCUGAAAGUGCUCCAGUAGCCAACGGCGAGGACUCCAGCAAACCAGAAGAAAAUGGCGGAGCAUCAGGAAGCAGUGAGCCUGCCAAGCAGAAGAAGCGCUUCUCCUUUAAAAAACCGUUUAAACUCAGCGGCUUCUCCUUUAAGAAGAGCGCCAAGAAGGAAGCCGAGGCAGAAGAGGCGGCCGCUCCAGCCGAGGAAGGCAAAGAUAAUGCCGAAUCCGAGGAAGCCAAGCCAGAGGCGUCUGGAGGAGAAGAGAAGGAGAAAGAGGAAGCAGCAGAGGCGACCACAGCUGAUCAACCGAGCGCAGACGAGGAGAAAAAGACAAGCGAGGAGCAAAAGCCCGAGACACCAGCAGAAGAGAAACCGGCCGAAGCCGCAGCUGAAGAGCCAGCGGCAGCAGCCCCGGCACCCGCCGAGAGCUCAGAUGCUCAACCCGCCGCCGCCGCCGCUGCUGAAGAGUAACACGGUUCACCAGAUGAUCACGGCUUUUUAAUGAAGUAAUAAGGAGCUGAACCGCGGAGGCUUUUUGUACAAAAAAAAAACAUCCAAUGACCUUUCAAAGUUGUCUUAAUCCAGUCAUAAUUUGUCCAUUUCUCCUUCAUCCGAUGUGUCUCUGUGGUGCUCCAAAGAAGGAUCUCCAAUUGUAGCAUGAAGGGCACCGUGCUUCAAUUCCUACAACUGUGUUUGUUACAGUAUUGCGUGUGUGUAUGUAUGUACGUACGUGUGUGUGAGAUGUGUGCUUAUGUGUGAUGCAGUGUUUUUUUUUUUUUUUUUUUUUUUUAUUUUUCCCUUUUUUUUUUUUUUUUUUCUUUCAACUUUCAUACCUGUAAACCUUUUUAGGAAACUGCAGUUAGUUGAAGUAUUUGGUGCCAAAUGAUUUAGUUUAGUUUUUUUUUUCUUUUCUUUGUCUUUUCCCAGUGCAUGCUUGGAAAGCGGUGCUACCAAAAAAAGCAAGCAAGGCAUGUAGAACAGGUGGUCAGAUGUUACACCAGCUGCACCGCUCUACUUCCGGCAGCACUGCGUGCUUGUAUAGGCUCCGUCACGUCUUUAAUCUUUUUAAAACAUGUUUCAGUCCUGUAGGUAAAAGUCUGAACCUCUUCUAACCCUGCUGUAGAUCCAACCUGUUGACCUGUGAUGACUAAUACAGUUAGAACUUUUUUGUUUUUUUUCUUCUGAUGCUGUGCAAGUAUAUAUAAAAGUUGCCAGUGCAAUCAAAUAGAUUACAGUUUGCUGUAAAUACUCAAGGUCUGACACUACCUGGUUUUUAAACGGAAUGUAACUUUGCGUACAGAAGUAUGAAUUCAACUUCAACGGGCACAAAAAAACACAAAUAAAGGAUUAAAAAGAAUAAAG